CUUGUAGGGGCUGGGGGCGGUAUAAAAAAAAAUAAAUAAAUACAUGUUCUUGGCGUGUCUUUUCCGUCGUUCUCAGAAAUUAGACAGACCGUUUUAGCAGAAAAAAGGCUCCCUGAGUUAUUGUGCAGUUUUGUUUCGGGCUCUUCCUAUUUUUUCUUUGUGAAACGAUGCCUGCAGUGAGUAGUUUUACUAUCAGCUGCGAAGCGCUAAACGUAGACCAGACUUUUUCAGAGGGAGACACUAUAACUGGACAAGUGAUUCUGUCCUUAUCCAAGGAAACCAAAGCUAAGCGUCUGUUUGUGAAGGCUAAAGGGGACGCUAAUGUGCACUGGACCGAACGGAGAGGCGACACGACGCACACAUACUCUUCGCACCGGAGAUAUUUUAAACUGAAACAGUUUUUAAUCCCAGAAGACUCAGAGGAGACUGUUUUGCCGGAAGGGAACCAUGUCUACAACUUCAGCUUUAGGAUCCCAUCUGAAAACAUGCCAUCGUCUUUCAGAGGAACUCAUGGAAAAAUUGUCUACAAACUGGAAGCCAAACUGUCCAGGAGCUGGAGGAUGGAUUCCACUGCAGAAAAGGAGUUCAAAUUUGUUUCCAAGUCAUUUUCCAACUUCAGGACCCUUUUAAAUGAGCAAUCUGGUUCUACUGAGAAGAAGAUGGGAGUUUUCUCUAAAGGACAAGUGCAAAUAGAUGCUACUGUUAACAAGACAGCUUUCGCCACAGGUGAAACUAUGCAUAUAUUUGCAAACGUCAACAAUGCCUCCUCAAAAAACAUGACUCCCAAAUUUAGUUUGAUACGGACUAUCAAGUUUUUUGCGAAAGGAGACUCCAAAAGUGAGGAGCAAACUGUUGAAAAAGUGGUUGAUAAGGUUAUUAAACCUCACACCCAGCAGGAGGUGAAGUGUGGGCUGAAGAUUCCCACUGAUGAGAUGCCUUCAAUCGAGAACUGUGAUAUCAUCUCAGUGACACACCAGUUAAAGGUGUAUCUGGACAUCAGCUUUGCCUUUGAUCCAGAGAUAAUCUUCCCAGUGGUUAUUGCUCAUCCUAUGUUUGUUGCUCAACUUAGUGGGUCUUUGGACCCUUACCCUGCUGGGGCUUUUGGUGGUCCAACUAACAGCGAUUUUCCUCCUCCUGUUGCGCAUUAUCCUGCACCACCAUAUCCAGGUCCUCAUGGUUACCCAGAUGCCCAAAGUCCUUAUGUACCACCACCCACAUACCCUACUGACCCACAGGUCUAUAGUGGUCCACCAGGUGCAUAUCCUUACCAGCCACCUCCCAUCUUCGGGGCCCAGACCAACCCAGUACCCAUGGGGCCUUCUCCCUAUGGAUCUCCAUUGUCAUCGUCCUCUUCCGGGCUUCAGCAUCCACCGCCUGUCCCUGCUUUCUAUAUGCUGCCUCCAGACCCUCAGAACCAGCCUGCCUUUGCUUCUGUGCCUCCUUCAGCUCCCUCUUUCAAUCUGAAUCCCUCUGCUCCUGAAUUGAAUGCAGACUUUCUGUCUCAAACAAACAAUGCUCCUCCAGAAUACACAUUGCUCUUUCCAACUUCUACUCCAGGAAAAUCUGAAGAUAAAUAACAACAUAUUUUAACCUUACUUAAGUAGCUAAAACACUUAACCAUAUAGAUUUAACCAUGUAAAAGCUUAAAAAAGUGUAAAACAAAUAAUCUUUAUGUGCACUGCAAAAACUAUCUAAAAUUAUAAUCUGUGUAUUCAUCCUUAUUUGGUAAAUAAGAUGAUCUGCCAAUGGAAUUGGUAUUUUUACAGUUAAAGUAUAGACUUGAAAUAAGAAAAUUCAUUUGUUUUUUAUCAUUUCAAAUGUAGAUUGUCUUAUUCGAUUUGCAAAGAGUCUCACUUCCCUGCCUAAUUCAAUAGAAAAUUCACGUAUUUUUAGAAAAAUUGGCCUACUUAGAUUUACAUUUUUUGCAGUGUGCAUCUUUUGUAAGACCACUGUAUGCACUAUUAGAAACAUUUACACUUGUAUGGUAUCUAAAAGGAUUACUUGCUGUAUCAUAUUACAGGUUAUAUCUGAUGAGUUUAAGUUGCGAUGCUGCAGUCUUCUGUCUGGUGCUAAUAUCAUAACUAAAAGCGUCGCCUCGGGUUGUACUCUGGAAAAAAAGGCCAUUUAAUACGUAAAGUGCCCUUCAUUGUUUGCAUGAAUUUAAGUCUGUUCACUCUACCUCUAUAUAGUUUAUAUCUAAAGCAUGUUAACACUAGUAUUAUAUAUAUUUUGUAUAUUUGCUAUAUUGUAUGUCAUUUUAAGAAAGUAAAUGCAUAUGCUUUAAGUGGCUGCACAGUUGCUAAAAAUGCAGUGAGCUUGUCAUUAUCAUAGAUAAAAAGAAGUUAACUUGCUAUAGUUUAAAACAGGUCUCAGAAUGAGGAAAAUGGUGCUUAAGUUCCUUUAUUGUGUAAAAUAAAUAUGGUGCUUCAGAAACUGUUGA